UCUCUUCCCUUGCCUCCACUCUUCCACACUUUUCUUCUUUCAAAAAUACUUUCCACUACCACACUUUCUUUAUUUAAAAAACAACAAAUAAUAGCGUAAUAAGCUCUUCCUUUUUGCUUUCCUCUCUUUCUCUUUUCCCAUUUUCUUUUUCUCUUAGUUCUGUCUCUUUCUUUCUGAUAUCACAACGCAAUACCCACAUUCACGGUUCCUAAUUGAGAUACCCUUUAAUCUCUUCAAAAAAAAAAAAAAAUCAUAUCAUCAACCCAUUACUACUUGGCAUAGACGUGCCUUGUGGGAAAUAUCAUAAUCUUCAUAAAUAAAGAGCCAUGUCAAAUCUCAAAACGAUCCUGGAAAGACUUGUGCAAGAGAACUUGCACGGUCCCAUUGACCAUGGGAACCAGAACAGGCUCAAGAGCCAGGUCAUGCGCCAGACACAAAUACAGACACAAACAGCAUCGGCAGGGAACCAUCAGGAUCCCCAUUCACAUCUACAUCACUCCAAGAAAUCACAAGAAAUAACCCACAAUGAUGGAAAAGAAGAAGAUCUGGACAGUCAAGAUCCAAGAUGGCGACAGUUGUUUUAUGAUUUCUUUUUAUCAGAACAUUCCGAUGACAGGAACGACGAUUUAUUGUUUUUUGUCCAGAGAGUUCCACUUCAAGCUGAGAAUGGAGGGCUAGGUGUUGAUCCUGUUUUUGUGAAACGAAAUGUGCACAAGGGAGGUCAUGCCCAGAGUCAUGGAGAAGCACAACAUUCGAUCCUGACUCCAGAACAAGAGGAAGUAGUGCUUUGGAAAGAUACAUUUUUCUUGAACGUUAUUGUCCAGCUGCCUUGCAAGUUGACUGUAGCGGUAUGUUCACGCGUGGCAGAGACAAAUCCUAUCACCGGUGUCACAAAGACCAGUAUGACUUGUACAAAGAAACAUGUGUCAAAACGAGUAUAUGCUCUUCCCACAAAAGCUCGUGUGGAUGUCAAAGAAGCAACAGUAGAGUGUUCUUGGCCAUUGAUUUAUUAUGUGAUCGAUGAUUACGAGGACACAUUUGAGCAACUUAUGGUUCAGGACAAUGAAUACCUCUGUGUAGAAUUGGCAGUGACCCUUCCUUCUUCAGGACCAGUGGCAACAGCAACAGCAACAGCAGCAACAGCAACAGCAACAGCAACAGCAACAACAAUAACAGCGUCAACGGGAGGGCUUUCAUCUCCAACAGCAGCAUUUAGUCGACAUCAUCCUCAAAAAUCAAGGCCAGGAAUACCUCAUGAAACGUUAUGGAAUCAACCACCGUCUGCAAAUGAUGGGGUACAGAUCGGAAAACCUUUUCCUAAUACGUCAGGCCGUGGUGGGUUUGGGGGCGGGAACAAGAUCACAUUGUUUCAAGGCGCUGCAGGCUUCCAGAACUUGCUCGGAAUUUAUCAGCAAAAGGCCUCUACAAAAGUAGGAAAGCGGUUCAAAUUUGGUCCGCACACUGUGCCCACGGAAUUUGUCAUGAUGCGCGGACCAGGUGGUCGUGGACAUGCUCAGGUCGCAAUCACCGCGUCCAAUAUUGGAGAUGAUUCAUCACCACUCAACACCAACGCCCAUGCUUCAGCCCCUACCUCGCCCGUCCAGGCUCCUGUCUCAGCAUCAUUCUCAACACAUAAUCCGAAACUAUCGACAACAGAAAAGAGUUUGCCACCUAUUCCUGGUUCUGGUGGACAUUAUUCAAACUCGAGCACGAACAUGAAGGAGAAUGGAUACUCAAAUAAUCAACCCGAGGUAGAAAACCCGAACGUAUCUCCUUCGUCACCCACUCAAGCCAACUCUGCAAAAUCCAUACCAGUGCCUCCGAAUACUUCUUCAUCAUCAAAAUCAUUUUCUGCGGGAUCAUUUUUUCAAUCGCUGCGCAGGUUAUCCAUGGCAACAUUGGCACAGGCAGUAGCACAUGCGCCCACCUCCCCAACUUCCACAAACAUCAAUCCUCUCAACACCGCAGGCAACAAUCCCCAUCCAAACUCCUCUAUACCAUCGUCACAAGUAGGCAAACGCCAUUCAAUUCCUUCAUACGACAACAGAAAUGGAAGUGGGAUCAGUACUUCUGGAGUAGGAUCAAGACAGGAGAUUGAAGCCUUGGUAAAACAGCCUCCGAGUUUAAGGUGCUGUAUGACGUUUGUCAAUGUUCCUUGGACUGGUAUUGCAUCACUCCUCAUGGAUCAUGCCUAUAAUCAUCAGUCAACAAUUCAGGAACAAUAAGAUACCCC